CUCAUAUAAAUGCUGGCGGCGGCUCUGCGUCCGGUACCGCAGCUUUGAAUUCUUGUUCGAAACGACGUCGCGCCACUGCAACGGACACACAACAUGCAACGUUUAUUUUUUCUGUUCGCUUUGGUAUGCUGCGCUGUAGGCCAGUUCGGCACUUACCGCGGUUUUCCCACUCAAAAUGCGUUCAGAACGACGCCGAGACCUGCGUAUCAACCGGUGCAACCUCAGUACACGCCGCAAUAUAACUCACCCGGCAGGUUUAUAGCGAUUCGCAGCCAGCAGAAAGAUAGCUAUCCGGAUGGAUCUUACACCUUUAGCUAUGAUACAGAGAAUGGCAUUUCGGUGUCCGAAAGCGGACGUCCUCAGGGUACACCGCAAGGCCAAAGCGAGGUGGUCCAGGGUCGAUUUUCAUAUUCCGCGCCAGACGGAACACCAAUCACGGUCGAGUACACAGCCGACGAAAAUGGUUUCCACCCCCAAGGCGCGCAUUUGCCCACUCCACCCCCGAUUCCGGAAGCCAUUAGACGAGCCCUGGCCGCCAAUCCGCCGGGACCCGACGACUCUGACUACAGACAGCCCUACAACUCCCCAUUCCGGAGAUACUGAUCGAAAAUUCGAUGAUCGAAUCAUUCCCGAACGAGGCUUGAAUUAAAUCGUUAUUAUCUUGUAACUGGACGCGAUGUUUGUACAUAUGUAUACCAGGAAAUAAAAAAGAAUUCAUCAAUUUCCA